AAUAAAUUGUGCUAUGAAUUUACUUGGAUUAUCCGAAAAUGGGUGUACUUCAAGCAAAACAUACAGGAGGAUAAAUCUGUGUUAAGUGUGCUAGAUUCCAAUGUGAUCAAUGACCUGUUCUGUGAAAUAUCGACGGUUUGAGUUGUGUCGGAGAAGAGAUUUUAUUUGGAUAAAUAUUUCAUGACCAUCAAAACUGCCCCGAUGCCUCUAAGCAUCAGCAUUCCUAAGACAACAUGUAUGACAUGUUGUCAGAGUUCCAAGUAUCAGAAUUCGAUUCAAUCGGGGAUAUAUUUCGACUGAAGUCUGGUGAUCCAUUAGAUACGUUUGGUGAGAUGUGGUACCCAGUGUUUUUGUGGUCUUUGUGUUCGUCAGUAUUUGUUCACACCUGUGCGGCGCUGGUGGCUUUCGGCACCCUAAGAAAGCACAAGUACGGAAAGUUCUUUCCUGUCCUCUUAAUAGUGAUGGGUGUUGUGAGCCCAGUGACAUCUGGUGUGGCGAGCAGCGCUGCUGUCGCCUUUAUAUACCGUGCGGCAAACCUGACCAUGCCGCCCAUCCAUGCCAUGAUAUGGGGCAUUGGGCAAACUUUGUUAGGGGCUGGCAUUGGUUUCACAAGGAUUUUGGCAACUUUGUAAUAAGUGGUGUAUUGUUUGUAGUUAAUUGUGAUGCAUCAACUCUCUAUAUAAUUUUGAUGUAAUUGAAAGUCAAUUAUCUUAGCAUUAUUGUAAUGGAAAUGGUAUUGGACAGUGCAGAUAUUGUAGUAUAGAUAAAUAAAAUUGAUCACUGGUCCUGAUAAUGGUAAAUACUCACUAAUCAUAGUAGUGAGACUGUAAAUAAUAUUUCUCUAUGUGUAUGUUUUAUAUGUAUGCAAAGAAUAGUCAUUUGUACUGUAUAAUUUGGCAAUGAAAUUAUAAAUAUUAUUUUUCCUUUUAGCAUGAAAUGGAAUAUCACUGAAAUAAUAAUGGUUUAUGUAAAUAUAUGAUAAUAGAUUUUAAGUAGGUACCUACUGUCCUUGGCUUUACUAUUGUGAAUAUAAUCACUUAUAUUUGUAUGAAUACAUAUGAAAUCCAUUGUGUUAUUCUAUUUGUAUUCGAAAUUUCCACAUACUGUUAAGGUUACUACUUGUUAUCCAUAUAUGAAUACCCAUGAAUCUUGGGACUGUGUUCAGAUCCUGUUCCUGUAGCUGCUAUUGUAUAUACCUAAACCGUUUUGUAGAAUCAGAUGGUAAAAUGACAGUUCAACUGCCCAAAUUAUUUCCCUAUCUACAUCAGUUAUAAAAGCACAUUACAUGGUAAAUAAAUAAAUUGGAUAGGUGAAUAGUCAUGAUGCAUCUAAUAUAUAAAUCUACAAGGCAGCACCACCAACUCAGCAGUGGUGACAACCUUCCACACAUUAGGUAGAAUCAAUCACAAUGUAUGUUGACUUCUAUCUGUCUAUCUAUGAAGUACCUGUAGAUAACUGGGUACACAUAUUUUAAGUUACCUUAUAAAGUAAUUAUUUGUUUCUUUAAAAUAUUGUACUGUGAUUACAAUUUAUUGCUCAUUAUUGUCUCUAUGCAAGACCCACCGAUAGUCACUAAUCAUGCUUGCUUGUGACUGAUUAUUAUUUUAAUAACAAUGAAUAAUUGCAAUAUUCUUUUAAUUUAAAUUAUUGUGAUAAUGAUAUAAUCAAUGUACGAAAUUAUGUUAAGAUAACAUACUUAAAAAUUAUAACUCCUGUAAAAAAUGAUUACUUUCUUGGAUGCACAAACACUUACCUAAACCAAUAAAUGUACUGGUACUUACCUAUGUAAACAAAAACUUAAAAAUAUGAAUACAAACACACUGCUAAGUAAUAUUAGAUAGUAUGUAAUGCUAAAGUUAGCUUAGGUGCUAGACAAAAUGAGUAAUUUGCAAACAGAAUAUAUAUUUGUAUAUAGGGAGUGCAAUAUUUUUUUUAUUGGUUUUAUAAUGAAUUUUAAUAGCAUUUUACACCUUAAUUUGCAAGUUAAAUAGACAUUAUAAGAUGUAUGCUAACAAAACAUAUCUUAUCUCUCUUAUUUUUUUUGUGACAAGAAUGAAGCUGUUGAAUGCUAUCUAAAUGUUAAUGAUUCUUUUUCAAGCAAUUUCACUGUGCCUUAUGAAAAUGGAGGGUGAAAUGGAGCAAUCUGAGCAUUUGAAUUGAACUCCUAGCCUUUGCAGUAGUUGUAGGAUACUGUGUAUUAUAUUCAUAGGAGUCUAUUGAGGUUACUCUAAUUCUGAUCCACUUGGUAAUCAUUUGAGCUGGCAUUCAGCCAUAUUUUAGAGGUAAAAUUCCCUUCAGUUGUAAAGUAUGGAUAACUUUACAACUGAAGGGAAUUUAGAAACUGACCAAAAGUGGUACCAUGGAACUUGUAGACUUUUGGCUUAGGUAAUCUAGUCCUUUUUGAUAUCAAUCAGAGAAUACAUCUUUGUCUGUACUACCUGAAACUCUUUCACAAUAACAAAGGCAUAUAAAGAAGUUUUUGUUGUUAAACAUAGCUAGUGUUCUUAUUUAGUUACUACCUAGCAAUGUAUUGUAUAGAGGUUUUGGUUUAGGUAAAAUAACUUUUUCAUAUUUAUCCAUUGGUAAUAAAUAAAAUUUAUUUAAUA